AGGCGCGUCAUUCGCUUACGCCAUCACGUUUCGUUCGUUUGUUUGGCGUGUUUAGCGUUUCUUUUGCGCUUUUAAGCUCAAACUUGUGCUAUUUCUUGUUAAAUAACUCGAUUUAUUUUCGUCAUGAGUGAUAGAGAGGGUAGUCGCUCGCCCAUAGACCGCAAACCAAUGAUAGAAAGAGACCGUUCGCCGCACAGGCGGGAAGAUUCGCCCAGAAACCACAAGGCUAGAAGUUAUUCAAGGAGUCCUAGCCGAAGCAGAAAAAUGUCCUACAGAGAAGGUGAUCGGGAUAGGGAACGAAGAAGGGACAGGGGCGACAGAGAGGACAGGGGGGAUAGAAGAGAUGACAGGUCGCGCAGUAGAUCGCGGCGCUCAGACAGACGUUACAGGUCCUCACGCAGCCCUUUGUCUUCUAGCGACAGACGGCACGGCGGCACGCGAGACAACCCGAAGCCGAGCCGGUGCCUGGGCGUGUUCGGACUGUCGGUCUACACGACCGAGGACGAGCUCUACCACAUCAUGAGCAAGUACGGCCCGGUCGAGCGCGUGCAGGUGGUCAUCGAUGCCAAGACUGGUCGUUCCCGAGGUUUCUCCUUUGUAUAUUUCGAGAGUACGGAAGACGCCAAAGUGGCUAAAGAGCAGUGCACCGGAAUGAAAAUCAACGGCAAAAGUAUCAGGGUGGAUUAUUCCAUUACAGAGAAAGCUCACACACCUACGCCUGGCAUUUACAUGGGCAAACCUACCUAUAAAGUGGAGCGUUAUGAUUCCAGAUCUAGUAGACGUGGCGAUAGAGACGAUUAUUAUGGGGGCGGUAGAGGUUCGAGAUACAGCCACCGCCGCUCGCCGUCGCCGUACUACAGCAGCAGCAGAAGCCGCCGCCGCUACGACAGAACCAGAUCCAGAAGUUACUCGCCACGGUUGAUGAAAACAAGAGAAAUUGGAUGAAUUUGAAGUUUAAAGUUGCUAGAAAUUGUCGAAAAAGUCUUUCCCCUAAAAAUGUCACAAACACACAGAGCGUCAAGUCGAGUCAAAAUAUAAACGGUGAAGCUUUUUGUCAAAAGUCAAUCAAAAGAAAUCACACACGCCACUGCGAAAAAUGAAAACGUCAUCAAGAGAAUUGAGCCUUUUUUAACUCUCUUGAAGAAUGAAAUUUCAUUAUCUCAAUGAGAAGACAUCUUUAAAAACGAAAAAAAAUCAAAUCAACAAUUUCGAAAAAAGCGCCCCACACGAAAUUGUCGCCUUAAAAUUGGGUCUCUUCUCGCAAAAACUUAUUCAAUUUCAUCCAUCCACGAAAAAAGAAUCUUUUCCAGAAAAUUCCAUAGGGUACUAAUCUAACUUUCGUAGAAUAUCGCUCAGAGAACAAGGAGGUUUUUUGGUAAGUAUUUUUAGGUCAACAUUAUCCUUUGGUAAGUUCUUUGUAGUGUAAUGAGUUUUAACU